GUGCCGCCCAGAUGCCUCAAACCACCGGCUAUUGGCAUCUGCCGACCGUUCAACAAGGUUUUCUAUUUCAAUUACACGGAAUACAAGUGCAGGAAGCUAAAAAAGGGUCUCUGCAUUGGAGGCAACAACCACUUCGCAUCGCAAAUGAAAUGCCAAAAUACAUGUAUACGCUUAGAAGGAAAAAGCAAAAGAGGUGCCUCGACACAGCAGAAACAUGCAACUGUACCGCUGACAUGCAAUCUUGGUUUUUCGACUACAAAAGAAGUUACUGUAGGAUGUACAACCACUCAAAGUGCGCAGGCGGGAUGAACCGGUUUGAAACAGAACAGGACUGCAUGAAGAUUUGCCUACAAACUGCAAAACCAAAACCUGUCUGCAGCGUGGAGCCAAGAAUGAGCUUGGUGCUGUGCGUGUUCAGAAAGAAGCACUGGUACUUUGAUGCUAAAGCGAACACUUGCCGCCAGUCCGAGCGCAAGAAAUGCGGGAAAGGCAAAAACAGGUUUCCCACUUUUCAAGAGUGUAUGAAGCGAUGCAGCUAUAUUGGCUGCCAGAAAUGCAAGAAUGGAGUCCCCUAUUAUUACCCAAAUGGAACGACACCCUGCGGAGCAGAGCCAGAGUAGGGGAGUGGCAGCGAGCAUUAUUGUGGCACUGCCACGGACAGCAAGAACUCUACCUCGGCAGAAGAAACUUCAAAUGUUCAUGACUUCUGCAUGUUUUGAAGGAAGU